UUUACAUCAUUUCUUCAUAUGUGUGUUUUGCCCUGGCUUUUCAGCAGCGUUCAAAAGUAAUUUUCUCUUAUUUGUGUGAGCAUUGUUUUCUCUGGAAGUCUUCCCAGAUUUAAAUGAACAGGUUAAUUCUCCAUUUAUAAGCUCUUAUGGCCUGUGCACCUCACAAAUUUUAUUUAUUUCUGCCUGCACACCCACUAGACUGAAAACUCCAUGAGGACUAUGACACUGAUGCUGUUAUUCACCAUGUUAUCACCAGCAGCAGUCCAUUGCUUAUCAUUAACCAUGACACAAGAAAAUAGCACUGAAGUGACUGAGUUCGUUCUUCUAGGAUUUGGUGCCCAACACAAGUUUCAGUAUGCUCUCUUCGUUGUAUUUCUGGUCAUCUAUGUGACCUCUAUGGUGGGUAAUAUCGGAAUGAUUCUGCUCAUCAAGACAGAUUCCAGACUUCGAACACCCAUGUACUUCUUCCUACAACAUUUGGCUUUUGUUGAUACCUGCUAUACCUCUGCUAUCACUCCCAAGAUGCUGCAGAACUUCAUAGCAGGAAAUAUAUCAAUAUCAUUCAGGGGCUGUGUUAUGCAAUUACUGGUUUACGCAACAUUCGCAACCAGUGACUGUUACCUCCUGGCUGCUAUGGCAGUGGACCGUUAUGUGGCCAUCUGUAACCCACUUCACUAUCCCAUUGUCAUGUCCCGAAGAGUCUGCAUCCAUUUGGUAGCUGGCUCAUACGUCAUGGGCUCCAUAAAUGCUUCUGUGCACACAGGUUUUACAUUUUCAUUGUCUUUCUGCAAGUCCAAUGCCAUCAAUCACUUUUUUUGUGAUGUUCCACCAAUCCUUGCCCUUUCAUGCUCCAACACUGACAUCAACAUUAGGCUACUUGCUGUCUUUGUGGGAUUUAACUUGAUGUCCACUGUGCUGGUUGUCAUCUUUUCCUACAUCUCUAUCAUGGUUGCCAUCCUAAAGAUGUCUUCUACCACCGGGAGGAAAAAAGCCUUCUCCACGUGUGCCUCCCACCUGACAACAGUCACCAUUUUCUAUGGGACCCUAUCAUACAUGUACCUACAGCCUCAUUCUAGCAAUUUCCAGGAGAAUAUGAAAGUGGCUUCUAUAUGUUAUGGCAUUAUGAUUCCCAUGUUGAACCCCCUGAUCUACAGUUUGAGGAAUAAGGAAGUAAUGGAAGCUCUAAAAGUGAUGGGGAAAAAGAUCCUCUAGAUUGGACCCCAAUUCAGCACAUCAAGGCAUCCAGUAGAGAUGUUUGAUCACCAUGUAAAGUUUCUGAAAUUGGAAACACAUUCACAACUUAAAACAAUGCUACCUCUUUCAAUAGAUAAGUUCUUAGAAUGUAGAAAAUAUCUAAACAUUUCAUGGGACUAAUUUUCCCUUAAGUAUAGUUUGAGAAACAUAUUUCAUACUACCCAUGAAGAAGGGCUUUAUUUAAAUUAUUUAAAAUAUUAAGAAGUGUGUAUGGACUUUGCAAAAUACUUAGUUGUUUCAAAUAUUUUGGCUAUGAUCUUAAAGACCAGAAAACUCCAAUGCUGUAUAUAAUUAAUUUUAAAAGUUCAUUAUUCCCCAUUCAUUUUAACAAGUUCUCUAACUUGUCUAUAAAGAGGCUUCACAUAUGUUCUG